AUGGUAUGAUUAUAAAUUAUUAUGGGAUCCAUCAAAGUUCGAUAAUUUAAAGAAAAUUCACAUUCCUUCAGAUCAGAUUUGGAUACCUGACAUUUUAUUGUACAACAAGUAAGGAAGCUAAAGUCAUUAUUAGUCAAAGUGAUGAAAAGCAUUAACGCUUUUAGCUUUGUGACCUUAAAUUAAAAUUAUAUUUUCAUUAUGAAUGAAAUAAUUAUAGUGCAGACGGAGAACCCCAUAUAUCGGUAACAAGUGAUGCCAUCGUAUAUUACACUGGAUUAGUGGUAUGGAAACCACCAAGUAUUUACAAGUCGUUUUGUCAAAUCGACAUUGAAUACUUUCCCUAUGAUAAGCAAAGCUGUUCAAUGAAGUUUGGAGGUUGGUCGUACAAUGGUUUCUUAUUGAACAUGGUUCAGCUUACUGUAAGCUGGCAUUUUAAGUUUCUAAUUGUCACUACAUUAUAAGUAUGCUAGGCAAUCAAUACAAAAGUAUUUUGCAGUUGAGUAAAAAUAUGUUUCUUUACAGAGUGACGCAAGUUUGAUAGAAACAAGGUACGACGAAGAAGGGAAGGAGUACCAGUUUGUGGAGCGAGGAAUGGACUUGUCUUACUUUCAUCCGUAGGUGUAGCAAUGACUUUACAUUGCAAAGAUAUUCAGUAUUAACGUUCAUAAAAGGUGCCAUAUUGUCACAUAUAAACAUAUAUUAUAUUAAUAUUGUUGUAUACUAUUUUACUACCGAAAAUCUUGUUUUAGAAGUCUCGAAUGGGAUCUGCUAACUUUACACAGUAAACGUCAUGAACAGUUGUAUCCAGGUUGUUGUGGACAAGAGUUUUACAUUGACAUAACAUACGAAAUCAGCUUGCGGAGGAAGACUUUGUUUUACACAGUAAAUCUGGUUACUCCAUGUGCUUUGAUCGGUAAGAAAACCACUCAUAGUCUAUACUGAUGCAUCUAUUGCAUUUUAAUGCUGAUAUUGCACUGUUACGCAGUAAACUAGACGUCUUAUUACAACUUUAAUUUCAGCUUGGCUGACAGUAUUUGUAUUUUACAUUCCUGCCAUCGAACACAAGAUCACCCACUCCAUCUCCGUGUUGGUUACCUUAACUGUGUUUUACUUGGUAUUGAUCGAACUGAUACCUCCUACUUCAUUAGUCAUUCCUCUUAUUGGCCAGUAUAUUCUGUUUACCAUGUUCUUGGUAUCAUUUUCGAUUAUCAUCUCGGUAGUUACGGUAAACUGGUACCGAAGGGAUGGGUCGCUUCACAAAAUGCCAGAUUGGAUGUAUAUCGUCUUUGUCAAGGUGUUACCUAAAAUAUUGUUUAUGGAGCCUCCAGAAGACGACGACGAUGAACAGCGGUCUACAGAAGGCAGUGUAUCAGGUAUGGUAACGAAUACACUUAUCAAUAUAUUGUGCUCUACUAAAAAAUUACUUUUCUUUUACUUCAAAAAAAUUAUUUGAUCGUAAAAUACGAAGAUUAAAGAGUUUAUUAUAUAUGUUUAAUACAGAUUGUCAAUCUCCACCCAGCAUGGGAUCACGGAGACCCAGCCCUUACUUGAUAUCUGUUACCGACACGGAGUUACGGCUAUCUGAAUUGGCACAACGGAGAGGAAUGCAUCCGGAUAUCAUUAGACGAAUGAUAGAUAACAUAAGUUUCAUCGAGAAUUACUAUAGAAACAAACAAAAGAAGGACAAAGUAAGUAUUAAUACUUGUUUUGGGCCAAGUUUGUACUAUAUACUAAAAAAUUGUUUUAUUUAUACCUAAACAUACAAGCAAUCUUUAGAUCAGCGACUUGUGGUGUUACGUAGCCAUGGUGACGGACAGGUUUAUGCUGAUCACCUUCAGUAUGUUAUUCAUAGCCGGUUCGGUAUUGAUUUUGGGCCGUUCACCCUACAUGUUAGACACUACAUCACCAUUAAGUAUACAGAUAGCUACACAACCAUUAAGCGGAGAUACGUUAAUAUGGGACGGGAAUCUGAUGGUCAACGAUUCGGGAAUGGUUUAG